UGUUAUCUGUUUGUCUGGUCCCUUGAGAGCAGUUUGUUCUUCCUGUUGGACGUUUCCUUGGCCCUCAUUUGCAGGGAUGGAGUCCAACGCUUGCGCUGAGGGCCAGGCCCCUGGACAGCCUCCAAGAAGAAGCAUCUUCAAAGCUCAGACUUCACCGAUGAAGCGAUCGGAGUUGCUUCUGAGGCGGCGGCGGAGGAUCAGCCAUGCAUGUGUUAAAGGCAAAGGACAGCUCAAGCUCUCCAUUGAUGUGCAAGGCAGGGACCUUACUCUGUAUGUUAUGGAAGCCAAAGGCCUGUUGGGGAAAGAAUACCGGAUUUGUGACUCCUUUGUCAAGAUGUCUAUCGUGCCAGACACAGAUCGGAGGUGCAGGCAAAAGACCAAGACUGUUUCAGACAAUAAAAAUCCUGUCUUCCACGAGCACUUCCUUUUCCCUUUGCAAGAGGAAGACGAGAGAAAACGUCUGCUGAUCACAGCUUGGAAUCACCAAAGGAAUUCCAGGCAGAGUGAACUUAUUGGCUGCAUGAGCUUCGGCGUGAGGACCCUGCUGAGCCCAGACAAGGAAAUCAGCGGCUGGUACUAUCUGCUGGGGGAAGACCUGGGCAGGACAAAGCACCUGAAGGUGGCCACGAGGCGGCUGAAGCAGAGUGGAGAGCUGAUGCUGGCCCAGCCAGCCCCAUUGCUGGGGGGACAGCAGAGCGAGACUGUGGAGCAGCUCAAGAUAACAAUCCCACGCGGAAAGAAUGGCUUUGGGUUCACCAUCUGCUGUGAUUCGCCUGUCCGGGUGCAGGCUGUUGACUCUGGUGGUCCUGCAGAGAAGGCCGGCUUGCAGCAACUGGACACUGUCCUUCAACUCAACGAGCAGCCUGUUGAGCACUGGAAAUGUGUGGAGCUGGCGCAUGAGAUCCGGAACUGUUCACAGGAGAUCAUUCUUCUGGUCUGGCGCAUUGUCCCUCGGGUGAAACCUGGCCUAGAAGGCGUCAUCCGCCGCUCCUCUUGCAAAUCGACUUAUGACUUGCAGUCUCCGCCCAACAAGCGGGAAAAGAACAGCUUGCUGCGGCCACGUCUCCCUGAACACCGCCAAAGCUGCCAUGUUGUGUAUGAUGGCAACGAGGGGCUGGUGCUGAACGGCUGGGAGCGCUACACAGAACUUGGGAAAGCCACCCAGCGUACUAUGCCCCCGCUCUCACGCCCGCCCUCUAGUGGCGGGGACAAGAACUACAUCAUUCUGGCACCCCUCAAUCCAGGAAGCCAGCUUCUGAGGCCCGUCUACCAGGAGGGCAAAGCCCCUGGAGGCAAUCCAUGUAAAGGAGGGUCUCAUGGCAAGAAAUCCCGGCUCAUGAAGACAGUGCAGACCAUCAAGGGCCAUGGCAGCAACUCCCAGAACUGCACUCUGGUGAGGCCCAACAUCCCACACUCCAGUUACGGCACGUAUGUGACCCUGGCUCCCAAAGUGCUCGUCUUCCCCAUCUUUGUGCAGCCUCUUGAUCUUUGCAAUCCAGUGCGAACGCUGCUUUUGUCAGAAGAGCUGCUUCUUCAUGAGACCAGAAACAAGCCGACAAAGGUGACGCUCUUCAUCUACUCAGACUUGCUGCUGUUCACCAAAGAAGACGAGCCAGGGCGCUGCAACGUCCUCCGGAACCCCCUUUACCUGCAGGAUGUCAGACUGCAAGAGGAUUCCUCUGAGGAUCUAAAAUUCUGCAUCCUCUACCUGGCUGAGAAGUUGGAGUGCCUGGUGAGCUUGGAGGCUCAAACCCGUGAGCAGAAGAAGAGAGUCUGCUGGUGCCUGGCUGAUAACAUCUCUAAGCAGCAGACAACGACCCCGACAGCCCCUCCCGCGGAGAACAAGAUGUUUGAGCCUGAGUCAGAGAAGCCAGGGGCCAUGCCCUCCGAUGGGGAAGAUGUGACCAGCCCUGUUGCCCACCCCUUGAAAGAGGAUUUGGCGGAGGGAAUGACGGAGGAGUCUGUGAAGGAAGUCCAGGAUGCCCUUACGGAAAAGGACAAGGAGACAAGCCCCAUGGAGCGCAGGGAGCAGGCAGAGCCCUACAGCCACCCUGCAGCCUUCACAAUCCCUAAGCUGCAGCUGGACAGCACCUUCAGCCAGGGCACGGCAUGCAUCGCCACUUUGGAGCUUGAAAGCUCAGAGGACCAAGAAGAUGAAGAGGAGGAAGAUGAGGAGGAGGAGGAAGAGGAGGAAGACGACGAGGCCUACUUGUGCAGGGGUGAUGCUAAGCGCUCCAGCAUGAUUGACACCUUGGAGUGUGAGACAGUCUGCCGCCUCAGCGUGCAGAAUUCACUGCGGCGCCGCACACACAGCGAAGGCAGCCUCCUCCACGAGCCCCGGGGUGGCCACUGCUUCAGCUCCGACACCAGCCUGAAUUAUGCUGAGGGGCAGAGUCCCACUGCCGGCUGGACGCUGCCGUCCCCCAAGACGCUAAAAAAAGAGCUCAUGGAGAAUGGGAGCUCCAUUCACCAGUUCAGCCUGCUCUUUGCUGGACACCGGAAGCAGCAGCAUAUGCUGGAUCCUGGUUGUGUCUGUGCACGAGAAGCCAUGGCCGUCUGCAAAAGGAUGAACAAGAACCUGGCCAAAGAUAUGAAGAACCGUUUGGGGAUCUUCCGAAGGCGGAACGAAUCACCUGGAGGACACCCCCCAAGCAAACUGGACAAAGUCCCAAAGUCUCUGAAGCCAACUCUGGAAGAAGCACUCAAAUGGGGAGAGUCCUUGGAAAAGCUGCUUCAACAUAAAUAUGGCUUGGCGGCCUUUCGUGCCUUCUUACGCACAGAGUUCAGCGAGGAGAAUCUGGAGUUCUGGCUGGCAUGCGAAGACUACAAGAAGAUCAAAUCCCAGUCCAAGAUGGCAUCGAAAGCCAAAAAGAUUUUUGCAGAAUACAUUGCAAUCCAGUCUUGCAAAGAAGUUAACCUAGACUCCUAUACUCGGGACCACACCAAAGAAAACAUGCAAAACAUUACCCGGAGCUGCUUUGACCUUGCCCAGAGACGUAUCUACGGGCUGAUGGAGAAGGACUCAUACCCCCGUUUCCUGCGCUCAGAGCUGUAUUUGGACCUCAUUAAUCAGAAGAAGCCCAGCCCCGUGUUGUAGAAGGGAGCAGGGCUUGCUUUUCCAGGAAGACUGUAUGGGAGGUGUAUGUUUACACAGGAACAACUGCCUUUUGGUAGGAGACUGCCUGGAUGUGGAAUCCAUCUCUGCCCACUGGAAGGGGCCUGGGGUUGGAGAGCUGAGAAGUUGGGCACCAUCCCAUCUGGAGAACUGCUUUCUUUCCCCCCACUCUGGUACGACGAUGUCCUAGCAAACAGGGCUAAGGGUCAGUGAUCCCACCAGACCACUGUGAAAUCAGAGCUGUCUUUUCCCCCAGCACCCUGGAGAAGGCUUGAAUGGACACGGACGUCCCAAAUGGAACCAGAUGGCUUUUGAGGGCUGUUGGGCAAGAUUGCCGUUCCUUCCCAAAAGACUCAUAUCUCUUGGGGAAUCAAAGCAGGAAGGCUCACAAACUGGGAAAGAUAGCACUUCAAUAUCUUUGCGCUUGACAAGGAACCCUCCUUGCGUGACUCGACCGGCAGACGAACCCGUUUCUCUCCUCUCUCCCCAAUCAUUUGUUUCUAGGUUUAUUUAUUGAACUAUUCUAGUUGGAUGCACAACCAGUUGUGUCUGGGAGAACUUCUCAACUUCCUAAGUUUUUUCUCUCUCUCUCAUUUAUUAAUUUAAGUGCAAUAUUUUUUUUGUUUUGUUUUUGAUGUAUGUCCUGUUGGGAAGGGGGAGCCUUUCAUUGGAAUGGAUGUGGAUUUUGAGUGUGUUAACAUUGUCUUUUGUUUUUAACUGUCUUGAGUCCUUCCUAAGUGUGUUCCAGCCCAGCAGCAGGCAGCUGGGAGAUUGUUAAAUGGGGGAAUAUACAGGAUAUCAUUGUGGUGGCAAACUUUGUAUAGAUAAAGCCAGCUGUAUAAAUCUCUGCGCUGCGUAAGUCAGAUCGGUAGAGGGUGUGUGAGAAAGUUCUGUUUGUGUGUCUGUAUGUGUGCACGCACACCUGCUUGGUGGUGUUUGGCCCGGAAGGACUCUGAUCUGUUCUUCCUCUAAGGAGUCUGCCAGACAGCCUCUUGGCCAGGUGCCUAGUUUACAGUUCAGAACCACCUCUGCAGUCAGUAAAAAACACUUUUGGGGGGAUGUCAUGGCUAUUUAGGAUAAAUAAAGAGAUCAUAGAAUUUC